GAUGCUUUAACCUUUUCCUCCGAGAUGCUUCAAGUUUACAUUUUUGCGGCGGCCUAGCUUCUCCCUCGAGGUCUGAUAAAACCGACUAUUAUCCAAGAUAUCGGCGCUCCAUAUAUUCUGAGAUAGCAACGAGGAAUUGGUAUGAAGAUGGUUAUCUCAGCUCAAGGCCUCCUUUCCCUCCCUCCCACGCCGCAAGCUCUCACUUUCCACCCCCUCCGCCGCCGUCUCCCCUUCGUCGCCGCCCGGUUUGCCUCCCCGGUGCUUUCCUCCGAGGCCCCGAACCACGCCCUCCAUGGCUUCAUCUCCAAGGAGGUCACUCCAUUGUUUCCGAGGCUGAGAGCGUCCGGUGACUCCCAAAGAUUGCUCCUUUCCCCUGGGCUUUACGGGAAACAGAAGAAAGCUCCGAUUUUUAGCGCCUCCGCGGCGGUUCCGGCUGGAGGUACUGGAUCUGUGGAGGGCGAGGUGGAGAAGCCCAAGUUAUUGGGGGUUAACAUUACGACCCUUAAGAAGAUAAUUCCGCUGGGCAUUAUGUUCUUUUGUAUUCUUUUCAAUUAUACCAUUCUCAGAGAUACCAAGGAUGUGCUGGUGGUGACGGCCAAGGGGAGCAGCGCCGAGAUUAUACCCUUCUUGAAGACUUGGGUGAACUUGCCGAUGGCGAUCGGGUUCAUGCUGUUGUACACUAAGCUGUCGGAUGUUUUGUCCAAGGAGGCUCUCUUUUACACCGUGAUUUUUCCUUUCAUAGCCUUUUUUGGGGCGUUUGCCUUUUUGCUGUAUCCUCUGAGAGAUACUAUCCAUCCCACGGCGCUUGCAGAUAAGCUCCUAGCCGCACUUGGUCCGAGCUUCGUUGGUCCCGUUGCCAUUUUGAGAAUUUGGAGCUUCUGUCUGUUCUAUGUCAUGGCAGAGCUGUGGGGAAGCGUGGUGAUCUCGGUCCUCUUUUGGGGGUUUGCCAAUCAGAUUACUACUGUUGAGGAAGCUAAAGAAUUCUACCCAUUGUUUGGACUUGGGGCUAAUAUUGCCCUCAUCUUCUCGGGGCGAACAGUAAAAUAUUUCUCUAAUCUACGUAAAAAUUUAGGACCAGGAGUUGAUGGUUGGGCUAUUUCCCUGAAAGGAAUGAUGAGCAUUGUUGUGCUUCUUGGGUUUGUAAUAUCUGCAAUCUAUUGGGGCGUGAAUAAGUUUGUGGUGAAUGAUCCAUCUCUUCCAAGAUCAAACCGCAAAAAGAAGGAGAAGCCAAAGCUAGGCAUGAACGAGAGCCUGAAGGUUUUGCUGUCCUCUAGAUACGUGAGGGAUCUAGCCACCUUGGUGGUUGCUUAUGGUAUAAGCAUUAACCUGGUGGAAGUCACAUGGAAAUCAAAGCUCAAGGCACAGUUUCCCAGUCCAAAUGAGUAUUCAUCUUUCAUGGGUGAUUUCUCAACUAUGACGGGAAUUGCAACUUUUACAAUGAUGUUGCUAGGAAGGUGGAUUCUCAGAAAAUUUGGCUGGGGAGUGGCAGCCAUGAUCACUCCUACAGUUUUGCUUCUAACAGGCGUUGGAUUUUUCUCACUAAUCUUGUUUGGAGAGCCACUGGCUCCCCUACUGGGAAGUUUCGGAAUGACUCCUCUGCUUGCUGCUGUUUAUGUGGGUGCAUUACAAAAUAUUUUCAGCAAGAGUGCAAAAUACAGCUUGUUUGAUCCUUGCAAAGAAAUGGCUUACAUUCCUUUGGACGAAGAGAUGAAGGUUAAAGGGAAGGCUGCAAUUGAUGUUGUCUGCAAUCCCUUGGGAAAGUCAGGAGGCGCCCUGAUCCAGCAAUUCAUGAUUUUGACAUUUGGGUCUCUUGCUAGCUCGACUCCGUAUCUAGGAGGAAUACUUCUGAUGAUCGUUCUUGCAUGGCUAGGUGCUGCAAGAUCCCUGGACUCCCAAUUCUCGCCGCUGGCCAAGGAGCAGCUUGAGAAGGAGAAAUCACUGAAAGAAAAGUCCACGGUCACAGCAGCUAUGAAAGAAGACACCCAGGAGCUGCUCGCGGAGGUAAAGCUGAGUGAGAAUGGAUCUGCAGCAGCUGAGACAAUAUCCGAUGAGUCACCUGUGAAGCAAAACUAAGCCGAAGCUUAGUACACCAGACAUCUGAAUGUUGAAAGUUUUGCAUGAUUUAGAAAUUUUACGCGAAUAAGGCAUGUGGCAUUGCUACUUGCCUAUUUUGGUAGAAGUGCAGGCCUGUAGUACAUUUGCUGCAUUGAGUAUUUGUUGGCAAAUUAUGGCAAUAUCUUGGAUUCUUAUUUUUGUUGAAAAUAGUCCAUUGUAUUCGGUUUUUAUACCAGUAUACGAAACAACUUGUUAA